GAAGCAGAAGUGAUUAUUAACAGACCGAGAAACUAAAUAGCGAUAACACUUAUUUUAUCUACGACGACAUCGAUUCCGGCAAUGAUUUUAUUAACUCUACCCUUGUAACGUUUGAAGAGAGUGCUUUACGAAUGAAUGCGAGCGCGUGUAAACAUCUACAUGUAAACUUUGCUCGCCGCACUUUUUACCUUUUUCAACAGAGAGGUCCGACCAACGGUUAGCAUAUUUAAUGAUUUAAAAAGAAAUGAAUGAUAAUGAAAUGAUAAAGAAAACACUAAAACUAUUCUAUUGCUUACUGUCUACCCUAAUAACUAGUAACUUCCCCGACAUUCGACACUCCGUUCAUCAGGUAGUCCGAUACGAGCAGUCCAGCGACUCGCUGUCCACACACUCACUAUAUCCAAACGAAUCCCAAGCCGGUUACGUCCACACGUGUCCAGACGAGCGACACGUUAAAGCUGGCGAUCAACAAAGUUCCAAUGAAACUACCGCUGUGUCCCCUGUGCUGGUGUCGUCGCUGUUCUCCUCGUCGGUAGGAAGAUGUCGUUCAGGUCUACUCGUCAGUAGAUAAGUUUUAGCAUCCGUUGUCAUGUGAUGCUGUGAGUCUGUCCACAACACAGAUCCCCCCUGUAUACCCUCACUAUAGCCACAUCACUCAUACUCAGCAGACAAGGCGAUGACUCAGCUCCACCUUACAUGGGGAUGAACGUUGGCGUCGGUUAACAAUGUCGCGCUAUACUUCGGAGGUCUCACUCCUCAAGCUGCUCUUCUCUCUCUGUCCAGGGCAACGUUACUUUGCCUGAGUUAACUUUCUCCUCUACUUCUUUUGACCAAUCAGGCCAUUAGAAACGCGGUAACUAGGACGACUGCUUAGCGAUUCCUCGUGGGGUCCAUGCCGACCAAUCAUAAUCUCUGUACCGUGUAGUCGGCAUGGCUCCCACCUCAAUCGGCCGCAGUCGCCAUAGUUACGCCUGUGACAACUUUUCCUACGUCAAAACACAUCGAAUGACGUAAAAUAAUCCACGUGGGGAUUGCGUCAGCGUUCGCGUGGCUGCUCUAAUUCAUAACGUUUUUAUUUACCACGUCCUACAUAUGAUGAAAAGUUAUUCCUGUUGUUGAGUUUAUGUGAGGGGUUCUGAAUACACCUGUGCCUGUCACACUGGAACUUACUUAAAAAAAUAGCUUUAUGGCUAUAUUGUUAGGAACAGAAGGUUGUUGCCCCUGUCUGUUGUUAGUCAGAGAUUAUUGCCCUUAUCACUAUGUGAGUGUGUUUGCUUCGUCGUGGUUUCGCGUCAGAACCCGACGUCAUUUUAUGACGUAAUAUUAGAUUGUAGGAGAGUGAAAAUUUUUUGGAAGAGAGCAGACGGCUGGGAGAAGCGGACAGAGUGUAUGGAUUGUCUUUUUUGGGAACUUGUGUGUUGUUCCAGAAUAAUUAUUCGUGGUCGCCACCUAGAUGUCGGCCAAGAAAGCAUCUACCCCUUAUAAGAACUGAAAAUUGUGAGAGUUUUCAAGAAGAGAAGAAGUGUCAAACUAACUAAUGUACCACUCUGUUAAGACGGAGAACAUAACAAUCCUACAACUUUAGAUUUUAAGAAAGAACAUGUCGUAAAGAAAAAUACUUAUUGUUGUUUAAUGGGUAGUCAGAAGAGGAGAGUGACUACGAUCAUUAACAUUGGGAUGCAGUACAGUGUAUGUGAAGUUCAGGGAGGAUUUUACUAGAAGGUUUAUUCUUGGGCGAUCGCUACUGACAGUGUGGGAGUAUGAAUAAGUGUGAAUAACCAAAGCUAAGCUGUAAGUAGCAAUUUGAGAACUUUUCGAAAGAAAAACGGAAGACCAACUUAAUACAACGACGCCGCAAAAAGACAUUUAUACCGAUUUACACCGUAUAUGAUUUUCAAUAAUAUAUGUGUUUAAUGUUAAAUGUUGAAUUAUAUAAAUCUUAUUUGCCCACGACAAAUCUCUGUGAUAUCUGUGUGAAAAGAACACGCGUGGGGACGUCCAUACAUACGGCCGUCAGUGAGUUCGAGUGAUGUGUGACGGUGUAUGAAAUUGUAAAGUGAACGCGUCUUUGACAUAUAUUCAUCUCGAAUUCUCAUUUUCUUUCUCUAAUUGACAUAUAACUAGGGAACAAAAAUAUUGAGUGAACAUCGCUUCAACUUACAGUUUUAUAAACAGGACUGUUAGCAGCAUUACUUUAUUAGUACAUGUUAAACAUGAAAUUUAAUAAGGUAGAGAAAACAGCCCCAAGAUUUAUUACUUUGAUUGGUUUAUUUACUCUAUAUCAGCUGACGAACUGGGUAAUAAAAUUUACCAGCAGGACCCGUGAUGAUUUUUCGAAUAUGCCUUCCACAUUAUCACUCGUCUUAACAGCAAUAAACUAAUUAAUUUCUUAUUAGCCUUGGAUGCGAUAGUGAUGGGUAGAAAAAAGAUAUAAAAAAGGUCGGAGGAUGAAGAGUGAUUUUCGUGUGUGAAUGGGUAAACGACCUCUCACAGUACGGCAGUUGUGUAACGGACAUUUGCCAUAAUAAAUCACAGUAGCCACGGUGAAUACGAUUGGAAUUCAACACACUGAAGUUAUUAUUAGCCACCUGUCUGAUUAUCUGCUACAAAACACGCGUUAACAGUGUAACAACAAUUUGUGAUCCUGCUUUGCUGCCAAGAUUCCUCCAUGUGCUGUGUUCCUAAAAAAUAUCAUUAUACGGUUAUCAAGAUACACGUAAGUGUUUGCAGUAAAUCAUCUUAUAAAAUAUGAUGCAUUUGAUAUGGUUAAUGUGUCUGCAAUAUAACAGAGAAGUUGAGUUAAGCUUUAAAAAAAAAAAAAAAAAAAUCUUAAACGGGAAUUCCCGUAUGACCAGACGAGCUCUGUAACUGUCACGUGACCUGUGUUCAUGGCGCCCACCCGGUCGUACUGAUAGUUUCACAGUAAUCGGGACAAGAUUUCUUGACUUCUGAGUCUCCACAUGUGAUCAGCGCUACUCAAGCGUGACCGAGCCUGUUACACUGAAAGACUCUAUGUAAUCUAAACACGUUGAUACCAUCUGACGUGUGAACAUUUACCGAACUCCGUCAGUGUGUUGUCAACCGCCAUUUACAGGUGUAUAGUUCUUACGUUAGUUAGUUGACUCCUUUUACUCAUCGAUGAGGAUAAGGUCACAACAACACCUCGCCAGCGGACCUGGUAUAGGGCAGCCCCCUUCAGUUGAGUCCAUGUGGUUCCGAUGUCCUUUGUCUUGAUCUCUACUGUACUUUUCCAAGUUUGUUUUGGUCUCCCAACUCUCCUCUUCUCUUGAUGGUUGCAGUCAUGUGCCUGCUUAGCAUUGUUGUCAGCAGGUUUGUGCAGGAUUAGUCUUUAGCUAUGGCGGCAGUAGUCCAGGCGCACGAGCGAGAGUGUGCUGUGUGCACGAAUGACUUCACCACACCAAAGAUUCUACCCUGUGGUCAUCUCUUCUGUCGAGAAUGUGUCAUUUCCUGGAUGGACUCCAAAUCUGACGCUGGUUGUCCUCUGUGUACCUGUCCUAUAGUAGAGCAUCAAGGUAAUUCAUCUCAAAUCGCAGCUGAUGUUGUCGACGCCCUGCCUACAGACUCUGUGAUGGAAGUGAUAGUAGAAAGUGCGAGUCUACUGGUGAUGGUUGACCUGUGCACUGUAUGUGAAGACCUCACAGCUGAAUACAUCUGUAUGCACUGUUUUGAAAAGAUGUGUCCAUCGUGUAUGAAGAUACACAAGAAGAUGGUAGUGAGCCGCAGUCACGAUGUGGAGAGUGUCAGCACUGUGACACCUGAACGUCUGGCUGCCAGCCGCCCUGCACUGUGUGCUGACCACGUCACCGAGAAGGCGGAUUUUUUUUGUGUUGAUCACAACCUUGCUAUCUGCACGCAAUGUUUUUCUAACAAACACAGGACCUGCCUAGAUGUCAAGUCUCUGGAUGAAAAAAUACAAUCAGCUGAAGACGCAUUUGGUUCAUUGAGAGAAAAAAUGCUUACAGCAGAGGACAACCUGAAGAAAGCAAUAGUCAAUCUAAAUGCGCGCGUGCAAACAGCGGAUGUCACUCAACAACAAAACAUGGCGCUGGUGGACAAGACAUGUGACCGACUUCAGUCGAUGGUGGACGAGUGUCGGAGACAAGUGAAGAAACUGAUCAGUGAUUCUGUGUCAAAGUUUAAGAAAUCCUUGUGUGACGUCAAAAGCGAGCUGGAGAAACGUUUAGGGAAAGUGACGUCACACAAACAUCUCGUGACGCGAGCCACAGCAGUCAGACCGCGUCCCGCGCUGAUACACGCAGCCCAGACUCUGACAGACAGGGUCAACAGCCUUGACCUCAGUGAUGAGCUGGAAGCAGAGCCUUGGGUGAAUCCUUCGUCAGAGAUAACGAGAUACUGUGACGAUGUGGUGAAAGUAAUAGGCGAGGAGCUAAAGAGCUUCAAACUACAGCUUCUCGUUGUAGAAUCACAGAAACCAGUCCUUGUGUUCCACGAAACCUGUGGGACCAACAUUAGUCUGACGAACUUCAGAAAGACCGCACUUAAGGUUCAGCUUGACGAGUACAGCGACAGUCUGGUCAUGUCACGUGACGUCAUGACUGUGAACGUCUUGUAUGAAGUCAGAAUAGACGAAAUAAAUAAGCCAUCCGAAUGCAGUGUAGUCCUUGGUGUGACGAGCGUCCUUCCUAGACAGCUCCAUCUGCCGACGUGGUCUGAUCACCUAAAAGAUUCCGUCAUUCUUUGGCAAAAUAGAGUCCGCGACAAGGAUAUCGAAACCAUGACUAAUGUCGCUGAAGCUCUCAAAUUCGUCAAAGUCGGGAGUCGUGUUGGACUGUUGGUGGACUCAUCAAACAACCUUCACUUUUACGCCGAUGGAGACGACCAGGGUGUUGUAGCAAAGAAUGUGUCUCAGCCCUGCUUCGCCUUCUUUGAGCUUUGCUACGAUGUCAGUCAGGUGACAGCCCUUCCUAUUUCUGAGAGGACAUGAAGCACAUGUGAUUAUUAACAGACAGAGAAAAUAACAACAGCGAAAACACUUAUGUUAUCUACGACGACAUCGAUUCCGGCAAUGAUGUUAUUAACUCUACCCUUGUAACGUUUGAAGAGAGUGCUUUACGAAAGUAUGCGAGCGCGUGUAAACAUCAACAUGUAAACUUCGCUCGCCGCACUUUUUACCUUUUUCAACAGAGAGGCCCGGCCAACGGUUAACACAUUUAAUGAUUUAAAAAGAAAUGAAUGACAAUGAAAUGAGAAAGAAAAUACUAAAACUAUUCCAUUGCUUACUGUCUACCCUAAUAACUAAUAACUUCCCCGACAUUCGACACUCCGUUCAUCAGGUAGUCCGAUACGAGCAGUCCAGCGACUCGCUGUCCACACACACACUAUAUCCAAACGAAUCCCAAGCCGGUUACGUCCACACGUGUCCAGACGAGCGACACGUUAAAGCUGGAGAAGUUCCAGGGCAACAGCCGCUGUGUCCCUUGUGCUGGUGUCGUCACUGUAGUCCUCGUCGGUAGGAAGGUGUCGUUCAGGUCUACUCGUCAGUAGAUAAGUUUUAGCAUCAGUUGUAAUGUGAUGCUGUGAGUCUGUCCAUAACACAGAUCUCCCCCUGUAUACCCUCACUAUAGCCACUACACCUCUCCUCAGCAGACAAGGCGAUGACUCAGCUCCACGUCUUAUGGGAUGAACGUUGACGUCCGUUAACAAUGUCGUGCUAUACUUCGGAGGUCUCACUCCUCAAGCUGCUCUUCUCUCCCUGUCCAGGGCAACGUUACUUUGCCUAAGUUAACUUUCUCCUCUACUUCUUUUGACCAAUCAGGCCAUUAGCAACGCGGUAACUAAGACGACUGCUUAGCGAUUCCUCGUGGGGUCCAUGCCGACCAAUCAUAAUCUCUGUACCGUGUAGUCGGCAUGGCUCCAUCCUCAAUCGGCCGCAGUCGCCAUAGUUACGCCUGUGACAACUCUCCCUACGUCAAAACACAUCGAAUGACGUGAAAUAAUCCGCGUGGGGAUUGCGUCAGCGUUCGCGUGACUGCUCUCCCCUGGUACUACAGACAACAAACAAUUAGAACGAAAGAAAUAACAUUCGCUUUGAAUCGCAAAUCGUUACAACCCUGUGCGACUGUUUUGAAAAAAAAAAAUAGAUGGAAAGAACUUACAAAAACAAAUAAUACAAAUAGAAAUGUUGCUCUGCACACUACCUAACCGACUAAAUAAUAUACAUGUACUUUGUGCUAGCUGAUCUCGUGACUAUUUACUUCAUAUUUUGUUUUAUUUACUAUAUUCUUGUGUGUGACUCGUUAUAGUAAUAAAGGUCAUGCUACAUUUACAGGACUUUAUCACAAGUAGACACAUUUCACUUGUGUUUCAAGCUGCUGUUUAUCAUGUACUUUUAGAGUAGUUGGUUUAAUUGAAAUGUGAUAUGAAUUCAUUACAUUUUAAUUUAACACGUCAUACAUCAUUUUUGUGCGGUAAUUUGUAUUCUACACCUAUAGACUAUUUUUUUGUACUUUUGUUUUAAUGACAACUUUGAGCCCAGGUUGAACAGCUUUAUAAAUACAUCGUCGUGUAGCUAGCAGACUACCUUAUAAUGUAGGUUGUGUAAGUGUCAAUGUACGGAGGUUUAUAAGACUUUGGACGUUGGAGACUCAUUGUAACACGUUUCACUAUUUUUCUGUUUUAUAGUCAUCAAUAAAUAAAACCUCUCAUUAGUUUUAUUACGUCCUCCUCUUACCUCAGUUGUCUUCUCUAGCUAAUGGACAGAAGAACAUAGAUAAAUAAAAAAUGUGA